UACAUCUAAAGUACGUGAAGGAUGGCCAAGAAAAACGCUAGGAAAGCUGUUCAGCACCGCCUUAACAUUGUAAAAAAGGACUUUUUGGCGGCAAGCAAGAAGAAACAAGAUCGUCAUAAAGCAAAAAACCUCCAAAAUGAGCUUAAACUUCAGAUAAUGAAUUUGUCGCUUGAUGGAAGCACAAGGAUGACAGAAAAGGACGAUGACGUAGAGAUGAGCUUUGAAAAGAACAAAAACCCGGGGAUAAACUUUGCCAGAGACUUUGAUUCAUCGAGGCCAAUCCGUGCUAGAGAUAAGAAAAUAGUACAAAGAGCCCUCAAACGCAAGAGGAAGAUGGGCAAGUAA